AUGGUAAAUAAUAAUAAUAAAAAUAAUAAAAUUAAUGACAGAGAAAAUGAAGAAAAUGAAAAAAAUAAAAAAAAGGAUAAAAUAUAUGAAAAUAAAAUAGGAAUUAAUGAAAAUAAUAAUGAAAAUAAUAAUUACCAAAAUGAAAAUUUUAUUUAUACAAGCGGAGAUAGUAAUGAUACACAAGAGGGUGAUAUUUCUGAAAUACAAGAAGAAUCUACAAAUGAAAAUAAUAAAAAAUUAAAAAAAAGAAAAAUAAAAAAAACCAAAAGUCUUUAUUUUUAUAAAUGUGUUACAGGGCCCGAUAAAUUAUUUUUUAUAGUUACUCAAAUUUUUAUAUUAGUUCCAUCAUUAUUUUUUGAAAUCAAAUUGGUACCAAUAAGUUUAGAAAUUUCAAAAAAAUUAGAAAUUUCAAAUUAUAUCAUUACUUUAACAUUAUUGGUUUUUAUAUUUUAUAAUUUAUAUAAAUGCGCAUUUACAAAUCCAGGUAUAAUUACAAGAAAUAAUAUUGAAGAAAGUAAAAAAGAUAAAAUAAAAUUAACAAAAUUACAAGCAACUAAAAAAGCUUUAAAGAAAUUUAUAACAUCAGGUAUGGAUGAAAUUGCAAAUGAUGAUCCAAUUUCAUCAUCAUCUGAUUUUAGUGAUAGCGAUGAUGAUGAUCAAGAUGAACAAGGUGGUAGUAGUAGUGCUCGAAAUAGUUUUGAAAAUAGUGGUGAUUUCAUCGUAGAAAUGGAACAACCCACAAAUAGUAACAACAACAACAGUAAUAAUAAUAAUAAUAAUAAUAAAAAUAGAAAUAGAAAUAAUAACAAUAAUAAUAAUAAUAAUAAUAAUAAUAAAAAUCAAUCAAAAUAUAAAGAAAUUCAAAUUGGUGAUAGUGAUUUUAAAUAUAAAUGUAAAUUUUGUAUUACAUGUGGAUUAUAUAGAGAACCAAGAUCUUUUCAUUGCUCAACUUGUAAUAAUUGUGUAGAGAAUUUUGAUCAUCAUUGUGUUUGGAUUGGAAAUUGUAUUGGUCGUAGAAAUUAUAGAGAAUUUUUUUAUUUUAUAACAACAACUUUAAUUUAUGCACUAUAUCUUUUAUCAAUGUCAAUUGUAUUUUUAAAUCAAAUUGUAAAUACAACUGAAUCACCUGCAAAUAAAAUUAAUAAUAAUAAUAUUAAUAGUAAUAGUAGCAAUCACAAUAGUAGUAAUGAUUUAAAUGAAAAGUUUGAAAAAUCAAUAAAUAAUAUUUUAUAUGCUUUAAGAACUACAAGUGGAGGUUUAUGUAUUUUUAUAAUUAUUUUUGGUUUUAUAAUGUCACUGUUGUUAGGAUUUUUAGUAUCAUAUCAUAUAAGAUUAACUCUUUCAAAUAAAUCAACAAUCGAGGAUUUUAAAAAGAUUUUCGAAAACCAAAUAAACCCAUACGAUAAAGGGUGGUUGUUCAACUUAAAAAUUAAACUUUUUAAUUUCAAUAAUAGUAAUAAUAAUAUUAAUAUUAAUAAUAAUAAUACUAAUAAUAAUAUUAAUUCUUAA